GGCGGGAGGGGGGCCGCCGGAGUAACUUUCCAGAAAAACAGCCAGCGUGUAGCAGGAGUGACUCCAAGAGGGGAAAAAAAGUUCAGUUACCACGUCGAACGAGGGGACUCGCAAAGUAUUUUUCAAAUGGGCUCGGCUUUUCCUGUGCCUGUUUAAAACAUUAAAGUCGUGCAGCAAAAGAGGCUGCGUGCGCUGGUCCCUCCCUCCCCCACCCCGGCCGGAGACGUCAUGGGAGGGAGGUAUAAAAUUUCAGCGGAGAGAAAUAGAGAAAGCAGUGUGUGUGCAUGUGUGUGUGUGAGAGGGAGAGGAGCGAGAGGGAGAGAGGGGGAGAAAGAGAGGGAGAGUGAGAAAGGGAGGGAAGCAGGGGCCAAGUCCCAGGGAAUAGAGAGGCGAGAGAUAGGGGAAGCAGCGUGCGAAAGAAGGAAUAACAGCUUUCCGGAGCAGGCGUGCAGCGAACUGGCUUCUAUUUUCUUUUUCUUUUCCUUUUUAUUUUUAUUUUCUUUAAAGAGAAGCAGGGGGCAGCAGCCAUGGCCGAGGGAGAAGACAAGCCGAGGUGCUGGUGACCCAGGGCGUCCAAGUGGAUUAUUGGGGCUGCUCUCCAGAGGCCUGUCCUCCCUGCCUUCCAAUUGCACAUACCCCCAACCCCAGCCAAUGAAGACGAGAGGCAGCGUGAACAGAGUCAUUUAGAAAGCCCCCGAGGAAGUGUAAACAAAAGAGAAAGCAUGAAUGGAGUGCCUGAGAGACAAGUGUGUCCUGUACUGCCCCCACCUUUAGCUGGGCCAGCAACUGCCCAGCCCUGCCUCUCCCCACCUACUCACUGGUGAUCUGAUUUUUUUUCUUUUAACAUUUUUUCCCCCUUUCUUCUCCAUUCUCUUUUCGUAUUCUCCUUCAGGGCAAGACAAGGAUUUUGAUUUUGGGACCCAGCCAUGGUCCUUCUGCUCCUUCUUUAAAAUACCCACUUUCUCCCCAUCGCCAAGCAGCGUUUGGCAAUAUCAGAUAUCCGCUCUAUUUAUUUUUACCUAAGGAAAAACUCCAGCUCCCUUCCCACUCCCAGCUGCCUUGCCACCCCUCCCAGCCCUGCGCUUGCCCUCCACCUGGCCUGCUGGGAGUCAGAGCCCAGCAAAACCUGUUUAGACACAUGGACAAGAAUCCCAGCGCUACAAGGCACACAGUCCGCUUCUUCGUCCUCAGGGUUGCCAGCGCUUCCUGGAAGUCCUGAAGCUCUCGCAGUGCAGUGAGUUCAUGCACCUUCUUGCCAAGCCUCAGUCUUUGGGAUCUGGGGAGGCCGCCUGGUUUUCCUCCCUCCUUCUGCACGUCUGCUGGGGUCUCCUCCUCGCCAGGCCUCGCCGUCCCCCUGGCCUCUCUCCCCGGCUCGCACAUGAAGAUGCACUUGCAAAGGGCUCUGGUGGUCCUGGCCCUGCUGAACUUUGCCACAGUCAGCCUCGCUCUGUCCACUUGCACCACCUUGGACUUUGGCCACAUCAAGAAGAAGAGGGUGGAAGCCAUUAGGGGACAGAUCUUGAGCAAGCUCAGGCUCACCAGCCCCCCUGAGCCAUCAGUGAUGACCCACGUCCCCUAUCAGGUCCUGGCCCUUUACAACAGCACCCGGGAGCUGCUGGAGGAGAUGCAGGGGGAGAAGGAAGAAGGCUGCACUCAGGAAAACACCGAGUCGGAAUACUAUGCCAAAGAAAUCCAUAAAUUCGACAUGAUCCAGGGGCUGGCGGAGCACAGGAAACAUAUGUGUUCUUGCACAUGCGAUCGUGUGGGUGACUGCGAGCAUCUGUGUGCCAUAGCGAGAGAGCCCUCCAGUUCUCCGAGUCUGAAGACCUUGGUCUUCUCCCUGCUUUUUACAGCUCUCUGUGACACGUCUCCGGAUGAGCUGGCCGUCUGCCCCAAAGGAAUUACCUCCAAGGUUUUCCGCUUCAACGUGUCCUCAGUGGAGAAAAAUGGAACCAACCUGUUCCGAGCAGAAUUCCGGGUCUUGCGGGUGCCAAACCCCAGCUCCAAGCGCAACGAGCAGAGGAUCGAGCUCUUCCAGAUACUUCGGCCGGAUGAGCACAUCGCCAAACAGCGCUAUAUUGGUGGCAAGAAUCUGCCCACGCGGGGCACUGCUGAGUGGCUGUCUUUUGAUGUCACUGACACUGUGCGUGAGUGGCUGCUGAGAAGAGAGUCCAACUUAGGUUUGGAAAUCAGCAUUCAUUGUCCAUGUCACACCUUUCAGCCCAAUGGAGAUAUCCUGGAAAACAUUCACGAGGUGAUGGAAAUCAAAUUCAAAGGUGUGGACAAUGAGGACGAUCAUGGCCGUGGAGACCUGGGGCGCCUCAAGAAGCAGAAGGACCACCACAGCCCUCAUCUCAUCCUCAUGAUGAUCCCCCCACACCGGCUCGACGGCCCAGGCCAGGGGGGUCAGAGGAAGAAGCGGGCCCUGGACACCAAUUACUGCUUCCGCAACUUGGAGGAGAACUGCUGUGUGCGCCCCCUCUACAUUGACUUCCGGCAGGAUCUGGGCUGGAAAUGGGUCCACGAACCUAAGGGCUACUAUGCCAACUUCUGCUCAGGCCCUUGCCCAUACCUCCGCAGCGCAGACACGACCCACAGCACGGUGCUGGGACUGUACAACACCCUGAACCCGGAAGCAUCUGCGUCGCCUUGCUGCGUGCCCCAGGACUUGGAGCCCCUGACCAUCCUGUACUAUGUCGGGAGGACCCCUAAGGUGGAACAGCUCUCCAACAUGGUGGUGAAGUCUUGUAAGUGUAGCUGAGACCCCGCCUGCGACAGAGAGAGAGAGGAGAGAACUGCCAUGCUGACUGCCCGCUCCUCGGGAAACAAAAGCAACACACCUCACCUAGAGGCCCGGAGCCCACGACCUGCGGCUCUAGGCAAAUGGCUGAGAUGGAGGUUUCCUUCUGGAACAUUUCUCUUUCUUGCUGGCUCUGAGAAUCACUGUGGUAAAGAAAGUGUGUGUUGGGUUAGGGGAAGGCCGAACUCUUCAGAACACACAGAUUUUCUGUGAUGCAGACAGAGGUGGUGGGGGGAGAGGGGGAUGGCCAGUCGACAUGUCGUGUGGUGAUGGGAUUUGGGCUACCCUAGGGAGGAGGAAGGGCAGAGAAUGGCCGGGUCAGGGCCAGAAUGGAAGACACUAUGGAUCUGAGGUCAGAUUUGCACAUCGCUGUACCACGUAUGCUCUAGGGAAUCUGGAUUAUGUUAUACAAGGCAAGCAUUUUUUUCCAGAAAGGUUACCAAGAUAAAGUCCCAGAAUUGUAUUUCGUGCUACCUGUGAUUACCAGCAAAUCUUGUUAGUUUUGCAAAUUGUCCUCUCUGUAUCAAUUAGCAGUGUGGGUCACCGCAGGGAGAAAAUCUAGGUAAUGUGGUUCCCGGGCCAUCAACUAUACUAGGCCUUAUGGAUACGCUGAACUCAGAAGCAAAGGGUGAGAAGUAACCCCCUCCUGUCUGCCCUCUGGGUCCCUCCUCUCACCUUCUUCCUCGAUCUUAUUUCCCCUGGACAUCUGGCUAGAUGCCUUCCGGGUCAGGGUGCACACGUCUGCAUUGUGGGUCCACGCAGCCUCGGGGCAUUAUGGGUCCCCCUCCCCCCAAGACCCUGUGUUCGUUUGGUGUUCCUGGAAGCAGGUGCUACAAUACGCGAGGCGUCCGGGGAAGCUGCACGUGUGCCGCGCAAGACUUGGCCCAGAUGCACAGACGGAGGGAUGAAGACAAAUACAAAUAUUACUCUCAAAAUCUUUGUAUAAAUAAAUAUUUUUGGGGAAUCUUGGAUGAUUUCAUCUUCUGGAAGAUUGUUUCUAGAACAGUAAAAGCCUUAUUCUAAGGUGUA